AUGUACCACGGACUACAAAAUAUGGUUCAAACUGACUUGGACCAUGUAGCGAAUUUGUUGUCGGAGUUAGAGCCGUUAGAAGAGGGGGAGGGUGGCAUGCAGAGUAGCUGCGUGAAGGAAGCUGCAGACACGUCCGGUGUAUCAAAAUGCCCAGUUGCGCAUGGUGUCCGUCGCGAUUCGCAUCCACCCGACAUCAUCCAACCCAGAUCCUGUCGAAAACGCCGGCGAUCCUCGACGGUGAACUCGGUAAGUAGGGCGUGGUUAAUCACCGUCGAUGACUGA